AUGCUGCUCGCUCACUUAUUAGCACUGACCUGCCUCUCCAGCUGCGCCGCGUUCGCCUCGCCUCCCAUCGCCCCACGCGCCGCGCACGUCCGCAUCGCUCCGCCGCUGCUGCUCCUCGAAAAGGACGCCGUCGGCAGCGACACGGAAGCCGGCGGCGGCGACGGCGACAACCGUCUGCUGCUCGGCGCCGCUGCGAGCCUCGGACUGGCUACCGCGAUACAUUUGCCGGCGUUCGCACAAUUCGCGUCGCAGUGGGCCUCCAUUUCCGCCGCCGGCGUGAGCGGCGAGGACUUUUGGGCUCCGCUCCGCUUUUGGGCGUUUUUCGCGAUCGGCCACCCGCUGAUCAAGCCGGCGGUCUGGAUCGGGGAGGUGCUGCACACGGCGCCGGGCCCGCUGGUGGGGCUGCUGCCGCUGGGCUUCGUCCUCGGCAACCUCGCCGUCCUCGCGCUCCUCGCCACCCAGCCCAAGGUGCGGCUCGCUGCGCCGGUGGUGAGCGCCGCGCUGCUGGUCAACUUUGUCGGCGGCGGCCUCGAGGGGUCCGUCUCGUCGUCGGACUACAACCUGGCCCUGGACGACGGCGUCAAGGGCUGCCCCGCGUACGAGCAGGUGCGGCAGCCUUCGAUGGACGGCUUCGACAUCACCAAGUACGACGGGCGGUGGUACGAGCACGCGUUCCACGACUGGACGCAGUUCUCGGAGGUGUACGACACCACCUUCGACAUCGAGCUCUCCGGAGGCGGCACGCGCUGGCUCGACGACUUUGGAGUCAAAGGGCCGUCGCCUCGCUCGGCGCCGGCGUCCUGGGACAAGUCACCCGUCGCAAACGGGGCGCACUACUUCCUCACGGCGACGUACGACCCGAAGACGCCGGGCGUGGUGCAGGAGUCGGGCUUCGGCGCCACCUUCCCAAACUACAUCGUCGACGUUCAGAAGGGCGCCGGCGGCGAGUACACCGAGGCGCUCCAGUUCCAGUGCCUGCAGCGGGGCGGCGUGCGCAUCUUUGAGGGGAUCAACUACCUCACGCGCUCGCCCGACAUCUCGCCCGCCCAGCUGGCGGCGAUGCACGAGCGCGCGCGCGUCGCCGGCAUCGCGCCCUACGGCGCCAACCCGACCGACACGCACACGGUCGAGUUUGCGCCGUCGCGCAGCUUUGCGGUCGACAACGACUGGCAGAGCUUCUGGAGCGCGCUCGGGGUGGACAAGCUGCUGGCGCUGCUGGAGACGAGCACACACACGGCGUUCGAGCGGGGCGAGUGA